AUGACUUCCAUAUACUACGAAUAUGAAAAGUGUACUGGUACUGUUGUUGGUUCUGAUCAUUGUCGUGGUUCUUUUCACAGUGUACUUGUAUUGUUGACGAUCUUCGUCACUGCUGUGUUUGCUUCUGUCCAGGAGACUUCACAACAGGUUGUUGCCAUGUGCAAUAACUACAGGACAAUCUGUACUGGACUUGGAUAUGAAAACGAAAACUGCAAACCGGACAACAAAGGGUCAAUUGCUUUUCAAUCGUCACUAAGCAGUAACUUGGAAAACUUGGGCAAUCAACAGACAGUGAUAUUUGACAAGGUGACCUUGAAUGAAGGAAAUGGUUAUGAUAAGAAGACAGGUGUGUUUACCGCUCCUGAGGAAGGCAUCUAUAAGUUCAGCUGGACAAUCUUGACAUGGGAAAGAAAAUAUUUCAUCAGUGAGAUUGUACAUAAUGGAAAACCCGUUCUUUUUAGCUAUUCAGAUGGAAGAGGACGCACUGGUAAUGUUACGUCAUCAAAUUCUGCCAACAUCAAAAUGAAUAAAGGAGACAAAGUAUGGAUUAGAACAUGGGGUAGCUACGGCAAAUUUGCUCGUGGUGGAAAUUGGAGUAAUUUUUCUGGAAAUAAAGUAUAA